GAGGAGAAGAUGAAGCAAAGAUUGAUGAUGUACAGUCACUGGGUUCUGGUGCUGGAGAAUAUGAGCCUAUCAGUGAUGAUGAACUGGAUGAAAUUCUGGCAGAUCCUGUGGAUGUUAUAGAUGUAGAUUGGUCCAGUCUCAUGCCAAAGCAGCCAAAAGAACCACGGGAGCCUGGGGCUGCACUCUUAAAAUUCACACCAGGUGCUGUUAUGUUGAGAGUUGGCAUUUCCAAGCGAUUGGCAGGACCAGAACUCUUCACCAAAAUUAAAGAGACUUGCCAGAGAGCAUUAGAAAAACCUAAAGAUGCAGAAAACCUGUUUGAACACGAACUGGGGGCUUUGAACAUGGCUGCGCUUCUACGCAAAGAAGAGAGAGCAGGUCUUCUCAGUAACCUGGGUCCUUGCUGUAAAGCGCUGUGCUUUCGACGGGAUUCUGCAAUUCGUAAGCAGCUGAUGAAGAAUGAAAAGGGUGCAACAAAACAAACUUAUACAAAUUCUGCAGCCAUGGACAGUGAGCUGUUGCGGUUGAGUCUACGGUUAUUCAAACGAAAGACUGUGUGCCAAGUUCCUGGGCAGGAAAAGUCAGAGGAUAGUAAAAUUCCACAACCGGCUAUCCAGCAAGAAGUGUGUGUGUCUUGAGCAAAUGACAGUGGUGGCACUUUCUAGCUGGUUUCCCACUGCCAGUGUUGGUAUUGAUGUUUAGAAAUGGUUGACUGGAAGGCAGCUGUAGAAGAUGGAAGAAAAUACUCCAUUUGUACACAGAUAAGAACUAUUUGGUUUGGAUGUGAAUAAAAGGGGUAAAAAAUAGACUUCUGUUUAAAGUUCUCUGCAAGUUUUAUAAUAUUGAAUCUUACAUUGUAACAUAAACCUGUUUUUUGGUGCAUCAAGUGUAAUAAUGUGAAGAUGUCUGGUUUUAGCAGUUUAUAACACCACCUGAUAUUAAACUGAAGAAAACUG